AUGAAUACCACCGCAAUCGCACAAAGCCUUGCCAUCCUCGGCACAGGGAAAGUAAAGACCAAGCAAGAGCACCUCAACCACUCCACCGGGAACAUCCUGUUUAUCCUUGCAAUCGUUGGCACAAUCUUCUUAAACGUCUGGAUGACCCGCGGAAUCCACAACUUCAGAGAGGUGACAACCUGCUGCACCUUGGCUAUCGGGAUGAGUCUACUAACGGUGCUGUACUUCAUCAUGGGGAAUGUGCUGAUCAAUGGCGGGCUUGGGAUGAAUAAAGAUGCAGUGAUGUGUACUGCUAUCUCCAAGACGAUGAUGAGUGCCUACUUCGCGAUAAAGGUGUACAUGGGGUUUUUCUUUUUCAAGAAGCUCCGUGAGAUCGUAAAUAUGGUGUCAAAAGGCUACACCCGCACGAGCAAACAAAUUAGUGUAAAGGGCUCCUUCUACUACGUCUUCCCACCCAUACUCGUAGUCUUCAUAGCCUGCAGCCUCUUCUCAGUCUCGGGUAUCGAAACCCACCUCAAGCUACGCGACAUCCCCCACCCCGGCAAAAAGACCUACUGCGUCUUCACCAUUUCCCACUCGUUCAUGCUCGUGCCCCUCCUCGCACUGCUCACCCUCGGCACCGUCACCACCUUCGCCACCUCCUUCCUCUGCUCCUCGCCACUCUUCUCGCGCAACAUCCGCAACCACCCGGGCUCGCCCGCCGCGGGCACGGCCGCGCUCCUCAGCGCCAUCAUCCCGUUCGUCAGCUGCGCCUGCUUCAUCGGGAAGGGAGGGAGGGAGACGGCAUCGGUGACGAAUCUGGCGUGGGCGGUGGACGUGAUGGUGAUGCAUGUGCUUGUGUGGGCGACGGAGGGGCAGUGGAGUUUGAAGAGCACGGAGAUGAGGUCGAGGGUGUGUAAGUGUGUGAGACUGCCGAGUCAGAUGGUGGGUGAGAGGAGUGUGCAGGAUAUGAAGGAGAGGAUUAUGGAGGUGAGGGCGUUACACAGGGGGAUGAAGAUGGAGGAGGAGAUGCUGCUGAGGGAUGGGAUGCUGCUGGAGGGUGAGGAGGACGGUGGGAUGUUUGAGAAUAUCGAUCUUGGGGGUGAGCAGCGCUCGGGUUCGGCCCAUAGGGUCUAUGACGAGAAGGAGGGUUCUCCAAACCUCUUGGGACCUUACUUGGGUUCGCUGGUUAAUGUUAGUCAGAAGAAGGUUGAGAGGGAAUACAGGCCGACCUGGGUUUGA